GUUGUAUUUCUUGCUUAGUUCGGCCCGGUUGCCUUGCUCACUCACUGUCGCCGCUAACCACUGCUUCCUCUGCUCCGCACCCAAAUCUCAGAUCGAGCCCCGCAAGUCAACCGCCGAUGGCCGCCUCCACCGGCAGCCGCCGCUUCAAGAUCUUCGCGGCCGCCGACGGCUUCGGGGAGCCGCUCAAGGACGCCGUCGUCGCGCACCUCCGCGCCCACUCCUCCGUCGCCGACGUCGUCGACCUCGGCGUCGACAAGUACUACUCCGCGGCCGCCGCCGUCGCCCGCAGCGUCUCCUCCUCGGUCCCCGACCCCGCGCUCGAGCCCCGCGGCGUCGUCGUCUGCGGCACCGGCGCCGGCGUCACCAUCUUCGCCAACAAGUACCCCGGCGUGUACGCCACCCACUGCAGCUCCGCCGCCGACGCCGUCAACACCCGCUCCAUCAACGCCUGCAACGUCCUCGCCCUCUCCGGCAUGGCCACCCCGCCGGAGGCCGCCGCGGUCAUCGCCGACGCCUGGCUCGCCACCCCCUUCCGCGCCCCCUGCCCCGCGUCCGGCGACGCCCCUUGGCCGGAGGACAUUCAGAAGUUCUUUGACGUUGCCCCCGGCGAGAUGGCCUCCAUCCCCGAGGGAUUGGCGGCCCCUCCUGCGCCGGACUCCGCCUGCGCCAUCUGCUGCCUGAGGAAGGGGAUGGAGUUCGAGCCGGUGGACAUCAUGCCCGGCGGCGAGAUGCGGAUUGUGCGGGAGAGCCCCACUUCGGCCUACGUGCGGUUCAAAGCUGGAAGCGUGGAGCCGGCCCACCACCACACCUUCGGCCACGACCUGGUGGUGAUCAAGGGCAAGAAGAAGGUGUGGAACUUGACCAAGAAGGAGAGCUAUGGCCUCGUCGACGGGGACUUCCUGUUCACGCCUGCUGGGGACGUGCACCGUGUCAAGUACUUGGAGGACACGGAGUUCUUCAUCCGCUGGGAUGGGCACUGGGACAUAUUCCUCGAUGAAGACCUCGAGACCGCACACAAUGCCAUCGAUGCAGAGCUCGGUGUGAUCGACAGUGACAAGUGAGGAGGGCAUGGUGAUGCGCCUGGAUGAGUUAUCUUGAGGAGACAUGUGAAGGUGCUAUCUCGUUGUUCCACCUUUUCUCCAUGUUCACUUCUACAAUGUUUGUUGCUUGUGCUGUGCCUAUACUGGUGCUGGUGACAUGUUUUCAAAUAUGUAUGUUGCUGGACGAUUUGCCAUGCUUGUCGAAUAAAGUGGUGAUAAUGGUAGUAAUGCUACCUUGUUAUGGUUGCACAAUCCAAGUUUUGCUUAAUAAAAUGCAGAUGCAAUGGUGUCUAGAUUUUAUUCA